AUGUCGAAAGUCAAGAGCGAGAAGAAGUCGCUCGAUGAGAAGCCUCAUGGUUAUGAGUUUCUAGGACCCCCUGGAGCUUUCAUCAUCUCCUUUGGUCUCCCGGUCUUGGUCUAUGUCUUUACGUUUUUGUGCAAUGACAUCUCUGGAUGCCCGGCACUGUUCUUCUUCACCCUUACAGCUUCAGCCUCGAACAGUGAAGAAGGAGUGGGAUGGACUGGCUUUUCUGGUCUGCUUAACACGCAGGCCUUCCUCGGCACCCUGGGUUACUACAUGCUGAGCUUGACCUUGUACCGAUUCCUUCCUGGACAGGAGGUUGCAGGCACUGAGCUCAGGUCUGGUGGAAGGCUCAUGUACAGGUUCAACGCCUGGAACUCGGCCCUUUUCAUCAUGGCCAUGCUUGGAGCUGGUACAGCCGUCUACGGCGCCGAAUUCCCUGUCUGGACUUUUAUCCACGAGAACUACAUCGGCAUUCUGACCAGCAACAUUCUCAUUUCCUACUUCCUGGCCACCUACUGCUACGUCUCUUCUUUCAGUGUCAAGCACCCCAAAGAUCCGUCCAUGCGCGAGCUCGCAGCUGGCGGUCGUACUGGCAACAUGCUUUACGACUGGUUCAUCGGCCGUGAAUUGAACCCACGUGUCGACUUGCCAAUCUUCGGCGAGGUAGACAUCAAGGCAUGGUGUGAACUACGCCCUGGGAUGCUGGGAUGGAUCAUUCUGGAUCUCGCCUUCAUCGUGCAGCAAUACCGCAACUUUGGCCGUGUCACAGACUCCAUUAUUCUUAUUACCGUUGCACAGGCUGUCUACACUUUCGACGCCUUGUACAUGGAGCCUGCCAUUCUCACCACCAUUGACAUCAUCGCCGAUGGUUUCGGUAUGAUGCUUUCCUUUGGCGACCUCGUCUGGGUCCCAUUCACCUACACCAUCCAAACACGCUACCUCUCUGUCUACCCCGUUGAUCUCGGUCUCUACGGUGUCGCUGGCGUGCUCGCAGUCCAGGGUAUUGGCUACUACAUCUUCCGCGCUGUCAACAACGAGAAGAACCGCUUCAGGACAAACCCCGACGACCCGCGUGUCAAGCACCUCAAGUACAUUGAGACCGAGGCUGGCUCCAAGCUUCUCAUCAGCGGAUGGUGGGGAACUGCACGUCACAUCAACUACCUCGGUGACUGGCUCAUGAGCUGGUCCUACGUCCUUCCCACGGCCAUGUCCGGAUACCUGAUCAAGAACUCUGCGCAACACCCUAUCACCGCCACGCAAACCGACGCCUACUUCUUCAAGGACGCCUACGGCAAAUACGUAGUACCUGACGAGGCCAAGGGCUGGGGCAUGAUCUUCACCUACUUCUUCAUGGUCUAUUUUGCCAUUCUUCUCGUCCACCGCGAGAGGCGCGACGAGGAGAAGUGCAGGAGGAAGUACGGAAAGGACUGGGACCGCUACGUUGAGCUUGUUCCCUGGAGAAUCGUCCCUGGUAUUUACUAG